AUGGCGACGGCCUCAUUUACCGAAUCAAACAGCUCAACACCAACUCUCAAUGUAGCCGGUACAGUUUCCCCCUCUGUCAGCAAGUCACUUCUUGAAAAGCUCAAGAAGAAAGAGGCUGCCAAGAGAAAGCCACAUCCAGCUGCUUUCAGAGGUUGGAAAGAGGUGUCGGGUUUUCAGGAUGGCGAUCAAUUGACCAAGACCGAUGAAAUUAUGGACUUACUCACACGUUCAACGUUCAUGGAGCAGUAUUUGCCUGAGUAUUUGUACGGUGACUGGUACCACAUCUCGGGUUGCUUGAUUCUUGGAUCAUUUUUGUCCUGGUUGUUUGGUCAUUUUGGUCUCUUCUUGGGACCGGUCUUUUUGGUUUCUCUACCCGUUGCCCUAUAUUACAGAACUAGCAUUCGAAAGUAUCGUCAGACUAUUCGUAUGGAAGCCCAGCGUGAGUUUUCUGUUGGUGCUAUUGAGGAUGAUUUUGAGUCCCUCGAUUGGCUGAACGUCUUUAUACAGAAACUGUGGCCUUCGGUCGAGCCGUACAUCUCUGAGCAAGUCUGUACUCAGGGCAAUGCUAUUUUGGCAGAUUUACCAUUGCCCGCAUUUAUCAAACAAAUAUGGAUUUCCACUUUCACCGUCGGCUCUAAGCCUCCAAGGGUCGAUAAGGUAAGAACUCUAGAUAGAACUGCAGAUGAUGUGACUGUCAUGGAUUGGUGGGUCUCUUUUAUACCCAAUGUCAGAGAAGAUUUGACUGAAAAGCAGCUUAAGAGUCGGGCUAAUCAGCAGGUUAUAGUUAAAGCUAAGUUGUUUGGUCUUACGCUUCCUGUCAACGUCUCGAAUCUGACUUUCAGGGCAAAAAUUCGUGUCAGGUUGCGUAUGAUGACUAACUUCCCCCAUAUUCAAACCGUUAAUGUGUCUUUGAUGGAACCUCCUUACUUUGACGCCAUUUCCAAGCCCAUUGGUGGUCAAUCUAUUUUCUCCCCGGAAAUAUUUACUAUUCCUGGCUUGUACAUGUUCAUCAACGAAAUGGUUCUCAAGUUUGCAGGUCCUUUGUUUUUCAGUCCCCUAUCUUUCCAAGUUAACUUGGAGCAGAUGUUAGCCGGUAAUGGACUCCGGGGAGCAUUGGGUAUUCUUGAAUUAAAUAUUAAGAAUGCCAAAGGUCUUGAAGGUGCAGAUAAUUACCACAACACCAUCGACCCUUACUUCACCUUUGGCUUUGGUGGUAAAGUUCUUGCUAAGAGCAAGGUUGUUAACGAUACCACCGAUCCGGUCUAUAACGAGAAAGUCGAUGUCAUACUCAGUAGUUCCACUGAGCCAUUGGCCGUUAUUUUGUACGAUGAAAAUGAAUCCGAUGGAAGAAAGGACAAGUUUAUGGGUGCUACAUUGUACGAUUUGGAGGAUAUCAUGAAUGAAGGUGAAAUUGAGGACCUAACUUUGCCUAUUCUACGUAACAACAGACCUGCUGGUGAAAUCACUUUUAGCUUGAAAUUGAUGAAGUCUCUUCAGGGUUCUAAGUUACCAGAUGGCUCUUUCUCACCUCCUCCUGAUUUGAAUACUGGUGUCUUGAAUUUGAAGUUACUAGGAGCCAGAAACUACAGCGAGGAUGAAAAGAAGCCAGGUUCUAUUUUGGCUGAGGUCUAUGUUGAUAAAAAGAAGCGUUUGACGUCUAGCGUCGUCAAGAAGUCCAAAAGUGCCUCCUGGAACCUCGACUUUGAGGAUAUUGUCACCGAUAGAGCUCACUGUAAUGUGAGAGUUGUUUUCAGAGAUCCUGCCAACAAAACUAAAUCUGUUGGCUCCACUACAUUACGGCUUACUGAUAUAAUUGAUGGAACUUAUGUGGGCAACGAUUGGUUCUCACUAAACAGGGGUAGGGGAGAGGUCAAGCUUUCCUGCGAAUGGAAUUCGGUUCGUAUGAGUGGAGUUCCUGGUUCCAUUGGCUACACGGAACCUAUUGGUGUUGUUAGGGUGUUUAUUUCCAGAGGUGAAGAUUUGCUUAAUUUGGAGAAGUUUGGUACCAUUGAUCCAUAUGUUCGUGUCAUGGUGAAUGGUGUUCAGCGUGGUAGAACCCUUACCAUGGACUCUACAACGGACCCGGUGUUUUCUCAAUCCAUCUACGUUCCAGUGACCUCUCCUAAUCAAAGAGUGGUUAUCGAGGCCAUGGAUGUUGAGAGGACUACUCAGGAUAGAACUCUUGGUUCGUUCCAGGUUCGCCUCGACAAGUUUAUUGAUUACAAUGAUAAAGGAGAGCCAGUUGAGACCAUUGGUGACAUUAAAAAGGGUGUGUUGGUCCAUUCCAGAAAAGGUCCGAAGGGAAAUGUUGAGUACUCGAUGUCUUUCUUUCCGUGUAAGUCGGUUAGAACUCCAAAUGAAGUGAAGGAGCUUAAGGAGAAGGCGUUUUUAAUCCAAAAGGUGAUUGAUGAGAAGAAGGAAAAGGAAGAAGAUACUGAAGCCGAAGAAGAUGAGCUUCAAGAACUUCAAGAUGCUAAGCCUCAGAGCGAACUUACUCUUGAGCGACUUGAUAACUAUGAUACUGGUAUCCUAGUCCUGAGUGUCCUUGAAGGUCAGUUCCCCACGGAGGGCUACUUGCAGGUUUUCUUUGAUAUGCAGGGCUAUCCUUCAUUUGAAUCUCACCUUGUUAGCUCAAGGCGUAAUCGUAUCUCAAUGACCGGGGAUGCAUUAAUCAAAGAACUUUGUAAGUACUCCACAAUUACUUUCAAGUUUUCCAAAAGAAAAGGUGACAAUAUCAAGAAGGAUUCGAUUUCGGAGGUUACGAUUCCUACCCUAAAGUUUUUGAAGAGUUGUUACGAUAAGGUUUCAGUGAUGAAGAUUGGAAAUGAUUCGUGCAAGAUUAAAGUGACGGCCAGAUUCAUUCCCGUAGAUAUGAGUUCUUUGCCUUCGGCAGACUCCAUCGGAAAUUCCGGUAUGCUUCACUUGAGGCUCUUGCGCGCCGAAGGACUUCCUUCAGCCGAUAAAAACGGAAAAUCGGAUCCGUUUGUUCGUUUGUAUCUUAAUGGGGAAGAGUUCUUUAAGAGUAAGACAAAGAAGAAGACGUUGAACCCUGAAUGGAAUGAAGAUGUUGAUAUCAAUAUUGACAACCGUGCUGCUUCUGUGAUGCGGAUUAAAGUGAGUGAUUGGGACUUUGGCGUAGAACAAGAUGACGAACUUGGUGACUACAAGUUUCCUUUGUCGGAUCUAAAUCCAUUUGCAUCCGAUUGGCAGGAUCUUCAAUUCUCUCUUGCUGACCCCGAUAACAACUCUGCAGGUGAAAUCUAUCUACAGGCUCUUUACAAGUCAGAAUAUCACACUGUUUUGAGUGCCGAGAAGGCACUUCCAAAUGUGGGUAACUUGGCAGUAGAUGGUGCGGGUAAGGUGCUCGGUACUGGUGUCGAAGGGGCGGGUAAGGUGUUGAGUACUGGUGCUAGUGUCGUUGGCGCCGCUGGUAAGGUCUUGGGUAGUGCAGGUGGACUCUUCAGAAAGAAGAAAUAG